GCGGGCCCGGCGUCCGGUUGUCCUGGUAACGGUGAGCGGAGGCCGCUGCCGCCAUGGAGCAGGGCGAAGCGCAGGGCGAAGCGCAGGCCUCGGCCCUGUGGGCGCGGCGCCGCAAACUCUUCAUGCAAACACACCUUUGCCGAUUGUCCGUGGAGAUGUAUGGCCCCGAGGGGGGUCGCCGGAGGGUGAUCGCGGCCGCUUCUACCGCAGGCCGGAACCGACCGCGGUCAUGGCCCGAGCCGCUGCCCCGCCUGCAGGAGGCCGAGGAAGAGCAGGCGCCCAGCGACCAGCAGGAUGCGGCCUACCGGCUGUGGCUUGCGAACAAGAAGCGGCAGAGGGCCGAUCUGGAGGCCAUGGCCGACGUGAAAAGCUGGAUCGACAGCAAGAUCGGGGCCACUGACCUGGAGCUGCGAGUCCUGGAGUCGCUGGAGCGUAAACCCGAAGCAGGCGAGCCGGUGCCUGAGCCAGAGCAUCAACCCAAACACAAGAAAAGGACUAGACACAAGCGUUACAGCAAACCUGUGUCAGUUCAUCUCCCUACUCUGGAACCAGUUAAGCGACUCCAUGAAUAUUUAAGUAAAAAAAGGCUACGAUUUGUAGAUUUCUUCCGAACUAGUGAUCCAGGAAAGAAAGGCAAACUCUCAAAAGAUGAUAUAUUGGCAGCAUUUAAAAAGAUCAAUCUUCCAAUCACUGAUCUGCAAAUCAAAGAAUUGAUCGAAAAUUUUGGUGAUCACACUAAGUGCAUUCGUUACAAAGUUCUUGCCCAAGCACUAAACACCUGGAGAGAAGAAUUGCGACAAGAAAUCGGAGAGAAACAUUUCGAGAAAGUGUACGACUUGCCAAAGAUUGCUGCAUCCUCCAAACGUCCAAAUAAAGCUGCGUCAGUUGCAAAAGAUGAGCAUGAUGUGCCCAGACAUAAAGAUACCUUGCCUGUGCCAACAGUCGAAUGGAGCGAAAACAGGCCUUUAACAGAUGGAGAAAUGGAGCAACUCAAAGCGAGGGAUCAGGAGACAAAAAUAAAGAAAACGAGCAAACGACAUCACACGGAUUUAAUGGAAAGAUGCCUGUACAUGAAGGGAGAGGAUCGUUCCAUUGCCUGCCAUUCUUUACCAACGACAUUGGGGGGAGAAAUGGGGGAGGCAACCAAUGCUUUCCGCCGACGGUGCCUGAUGGAAUACAGGAAAAUUCUGAAAAUGUGCCGGUUCUAUGGUAUUGCCUUCACUGAAAAGAUGCUAACAAAAGCCUUACUUCACCCUGGAGACAAGUUAACUUACAUCCCGGGACAAAGAGUGAAGCUAAGACAGCCUGGGACUAAUGUUGUAUCUAAAGGUUAUGCAGAGCGAUGGCAUGUCACUAGACAACGCAUCAUUAUGGAUAGAUUCAAUCGUAAAUAUGCACUGAAAAAGGAAGAGAAUCAGAUCAACAUUGCGCCAAAUAAAAGUCAACUGGAGGAAGCUAGUGAAGAGCCAGAGUCGGAACUGAGAUAUCCUGAGCGGCUCAUGGUGGAUAAUCUCAACCAAGAAUCAAAGCAUACGGAAGUGAAAGUCGAGGUAGGAAUGCAACAGGACACCAGCCAACUGGAGGAAGCCAGUGCAGGAGCAGAAUCAAAAUUGAGAUAUCCCGAGCGGUUCAUGGUGGAUAAUCUCAACCAAGAAUCAAAGCAUACGGAAGUGAAAGUCGAGGUAGGAAUGCAACAGGACACCAGUCAACUGGAGGAAGCCAGUGAAGAAGCAGAAUCAAAAUUGAGGCAACUUAUCAUUGUUGAUGAACUGACACCGAGAAAGGAAAUGAUCCAAAUUAAGGUGCAGCCGGACAACAAUCAACUAAAGAAACCUAAUGACAAGCUAGAGUCAACUCCAAGGAUCGCAGCACCCCAGGAUUACAACAUGGAUGCAAGUGUACCGGUUCCAACGAGCAGCACGCAAAAACACAUGACACCAGAAGAUUAUGUAAAGUUCAAAAGAAAGUUAAAAGGGAAGCUUCCAUCAGUGGCAUCUCCUGUACAGGACGUCUUUUGGCCUGGUCGCAUGCUGGAAAAGGUGCGCAUGUACCUCCCAAAUGCUAAGCUACAGCAUGAGGAAGUGUUGUUCAGUAAAAUCCAGAAAGGUACGACUUUCAGCUCCAACAUCUAUCACAAUGAGAAGACUUGGCCCAUUAGUGACCAGGGAUAUCUUAUGUAUGGAGAUAUUGAAAGGAAGAAGCGUUACAUGCUUUGAUCAACCUGCCCAGGGUAGAUUGGGCUGUUCAUACAGCUUGACCCUUGUGACUGCGAAGCUCUCAGAAACUUGUCUAAUCCUUCCUUUGAAAAAUGGAAAACAACAUGGACUUCUGCGAAAAGACAGUGUGCAGGAAUCUGAUCAACUUAGGAUCAGCAUUAAAUAAGAGAUCAAGAUUCCACACAAAUCCUUCUACCUUCAUAACUUAGCAGCUUAAAAACAUUCUUCUCAAAUUUCUGUGCUCAGUAAGAGUGAUUCAACAUCACGUUAAUUCAAUUUUAAUUAAUUAAACACAAUAUUUUACUUAU